GUGUACCCAGCACCCAGGGCAUGCAGGAAAAGGCACCCGCAAGAGUGAAUGAGACCUACUCUAGCAGGAGUGGACCUACACCUGCCUACUCUUUUUGCCUUCUCCUUCCAAUCCUAGAGAGACUGGCAAUGACUUAGUUUCCUGAGUGAUUCUGGAUGUGGACCAGCUGUGGAAACCCAGGAUCAUAGGAUUGGAAACUACCGUGUCUUGAAUCCAGGUAUAUCUUCCCAGUUCACCUGGGUCUUCACUGUGCAGUCCAGGAGUGCUAGUGUACGAGAUAUGCACAGGCACUUCUGACCCUCCAAGGUAGCUGGAGUGGUGUGUGUGCUAUGGUGUACAUGUGUGUGCUCUGGUGUGGAUACUUGUGUGCACACCUGCGUGUGGACCUGUGUGGACACCUGUGUGGGCACAGCAGGGCAGAGUGACAUCGGUGGACUAGGGAGGCAUUGCUGAGCAGGAAUAUUGUCUUAUGGGGCAGGACUUGAGGUCCUUCAAGGGUCUGUAUCAGUCCUUGCAACAGCAGUGCCAAGAGCAGGGAGGUGGGGUGAGGAAAGUGAGGGUUCCAUGCCAGAGUGCCUGGAGCCUUCCCUGCCAACUGCCACCCUCUGUGUCCUUUAGUCCUCCUGUCUGAACACUGGCCAUAGUCCCCUUGUACCCGAGUCUGUGUGUGUCUCUCUCCUGAACGCCAUGUGGCUGUACCUGGCGGCCCUCGUGGGCCUGUACUACCUUGUGCGCUGGCACCGGGAGAGGCAGGUGGUGAGCCACCUCCGAGACAAGUACGUCCUCAUCACGGGCUGCGGCUCUGGCUUCGGGAACCUGCUGGCCAGACAGCUGGACAUGCACGGCUUGAGGGUGCUGGCUGCGUGUAGGACAGAGAAGGCGGCCGAGCAGCUGAGGGCCCAGUCGUCAGACAGGCUGGAGACGGUGACUCUGGACAUCGCCAAGACAGAGAGCAUCACUGCAGCCACCCAGUGGGUGAAGGAACGCGUGGGAGACAGAGGACUCUGGGGCCUGGUGAAUAACGCUGGCAUCUCUGGCCCCUGGGGCCGCAGUGAGUGGCUGACCAAAGAAGACUUUGUGACCACACUGAACGUGAACCUGCUGGGGACGAUUGAGGUGACUCUGAGCCUGCUGCCCUUAGUGAGGAAGGCGAGGGGCCGUGUGGUCAACGUCUCCAGCAUCGCAGGUAGAUUGUCGUUUUUAGGAGGCGGCUACUGCAUCUCCAAGUACGGCGUGGAGGCCUUCUCGGACUCCCUCAGGAGGGAGCUCGCCCCCUUUGGGGUGAAGGUGGCUAUUAUUGAACCUGGUUCCUUCAAGACGAACAUGACCAACACUGAGAGAGUUUUGCAGCAGUUCCAGGCGGCUUGGGACCAGGCCCGCCCGGAGAUCAAGGAGAUCUAUGGCGAGAAGUUUCUGGAAUCCUACCUGAAACUACUAUCUGAACACGUUUUGCCAGUGGAAAAGGAGAAUCUGUCAGAGGUGACGGACUGCAUGGAGCAUGCGCUGACCGCCUGCCACCCCCGCACUCGCUACUCGGCUGGCUGGGACGCCAAGCUCUUCUACCUCCCCAUGAGCUACAUGCCCACCUUCCUGGCAGACGCCAUCCUCACUUGGGGCCUCCCACGGCCGGCCAAAGCCCUGUGAAGCCAAGACUGUGGCACUUGUUUGGUGGGGUUGGAUGCUCUGUGACAAGUCAUAUGUCCUGGGGAGAGAAAUAGGGUGCACAGAGGCAGUUCUGGUGUCAUCAAGUCACCUGUCCUACCUCCUUCCUCCCCUCCUGGCCAUGAUUCUCCUGGAAUUUCAUUCAAGACUCCAGAGAUGUUAGUAGCAAAGUGCCAAGUUAUGCAGCUGAUAAACAAGAAUCCAAUAGCGCUCCUG